ACCACCAACACCAAACAUCUGCCAUUGCCGCCAUUUUUACUUUUUUUGUGGAUAGAAAUUUCAUUUUCAUAAUUAAUUAAUGGUGGGUGUUUUGAGAUUAUAAUAAGUUCAAUCGUUGCUUUUUAGUGCUCAACGUAUAACGACACUGCAUUGGUCUGAUCAGCCAACCAUUGCGAUCAUCUUAUUAAAAUAUAGAUACGAUCGCGAUGAAGAGAGACGCGUACGGCGACGACGGGCCUGCCAUGAAGCGGCACCGCCAGCCCGACGACGAAGUUACCUUCCUUAUACCUAGCAAGGUAGCUGGAUCUAUCAUCGGCAAAGGAGGCACAAACAUAUCAAGAUUGAGAAGCCAGUACAAAGCCUCUAUAACAGUCCCAGAUUGCCCCGGCCCCGAACGGGUACUCUCCAUAGCAGCACCGGAAGUGGAUACCAUUUUGGAUAUCGUGAAAGAUAUUCUUCCCAAUUUGGCUGAUGCUGGUGGUCCGCAUAAGGGAGGAAACAGCGAUGAAGAUCUCGACGUCCGUCUACUCAUCCACCAGAGUCGAGCGGGUUGCGUGAUCGGCAAAGCAGGCGCCAAGAUAAAGGAAUUGCGAGAGAAAACUGGUGCCCGCCUGAAAAUAUUCUCGAACCCGGCGCCGCAGAGCACGGAGCGCGUGGUGCAGCUGGUCGGCGGGCCCGAGGCCGUCGCCGCCGCCGUGCGCGAGGUGCUCGACCUCGUGCGAGAGGUGCCCAUCAAGGGGGGCAUCCAAAAUUACGACCCCCACAACUACGACGACUACUACGCCGACGAGUACGGCGGCUUCGGCAACGGACAGGGCGGAGGCCCGCGCGGCGGCCCCGGGCGAGGCGGGCCGCCGCCGCUGGGCCCCGGGCACGGGCACGGCGGCCGCGGCCCGCCGCCGCGCGCCGGCCCGCCGCUGGGCCGCAGCGGCCCGCCCGGCCCGCGCGGCGGCUACAACGACUUCUCCGGCCCCGCGGGGCCCGCUCCCCCGGGCCCCAGAGGCAACUUCAGCGGCCCCCCUCGCGGCGGCAACUUUGCCGGCGGAAGCUUCGGGGGCGGCGGCGGCGGCAACUUUGGUGGUCGCGGCGGUGGCGGGGGCGGCGGAGGUGGGGCCGGUGGCGGUUUCGGUGGCGAUAGCGACCAGCAGGAGACCACCACUCAAGUCACCAUUCCCAAAGACUUGGCCGGUGCGAUAAUCGGCAAGGCGGGGUCGCGCAUCCGCAAGAUCCGCGCGGACUCUGGCGCCGGCAUCGAGAUCGCGGAGCCGCUGCCCGGCUCCAACGACCGCAUCAUCACCAUCACGGGCACGCCGGCGCGCAUCCAGACCGCGCAGUAUCUGCUGCAGCAGAGAAUGUUUGAAGAGUUCCCUGAGUUGGCACCAAACAAGUCUAAGAUAAAGUAACCUUUCCUAAUCGGCCUCGACUGAGACGUCGUUGUCGUUGCAAUACAGUGUUCACGAAAGCAACCCGAGCCUGGGCGGCGGCCGAGGCAACUUCUGAUUGCAGUCGUCUCCGUAAGAAGACCAUCUAUUGAAGCUUUACUGAUCCACCUCAACACCAAUAAUGUACAAUUUAAGGCCGUGAGGCUCGCGUGACACUUGUCAGUUAUGUAUUUAACUAUUUACAGAGUGAAUUACAAUAUAAUGACUAAUGUAAGAGGAAUGCAUUUAUCGUAAUUUAUAUAUAUUACAAAUUUUACUAAGAUCGUGUCAAUAAUUUGAUGGGAAUUUGUUACAUCGAUUGUAUUUUUAAGUAAAUAGAACUAGAAUAAUAAAGUUUAUUUUGCAA